CCGCAGCGGAUCCGGAGCUGGGAGUGUCUGCAGCGGGAGGAGCUGGCGGAGGACCCCUUGCAUCACCGCAGGGACCAAAGACCGGUCAGGUGAAAAGGAUGGUUCGAUUGGCGGCAGAACUCUUGUUGCUUUUAGGACUUGUACUUCUUACCUUACAUAUCACCGUGUUACGGAGCAGCCCUUUGCACCAAGGGAAUUUGACUUUGAGCCAGGAUCAGCUGGAUACGUUGCUCGCAGAGAAUAAUGUCAGAGAAGAGAGCAGUUCAUCAGCCCACCAGGGCCCAGGGGAGCGGAGAGGACCAGAGCACCGGUCAGCCCAGAGGCCUGCUGCCCUCCCUUGGGCCCAGAGUCAUGCUACCGGAGGCAGCCUGCAGAAAGACGGGCCGGGGGCCUUCCUCCUGGACCUCAGCAACUUCCCUGACCUCUCCAAGGCUGAUAUAAACAGACAGAACCCCAACAUACAGGUGACCAUAGAGGUGGUGGACGGUCUAGAGGCAGCAGAGCCUGAGAAAGGCCUGAAGAAAGAGAACAAACCAGGAUGGGCUGCUCCCAACUGGAGAAACUGGUGGAAAACCUCCUCCACCUCCUCCUCGGUCUCGACCCCCCGCAGGCCCGAGGAGCAGGCGCCCUACAGGGGAGAAGGAGAAGGACGAGGGGGAGGUAAAGGGGGUGUUGGUAACACAGAGGAUAGUAACUUCCUAAAGCCACUUGGGGACUGGGAGAGGAGAGGAGGAGGAGCAGGAGGAGGAGGAGGAGGCACCAGCAAGGCUCAGACUGAAUAUGACUAUAUAGACGGAGAGGGUGACUGGAGUAACUGGUCUCCAUGCAGUGUAACCUGUAAGAACGGGAACCAGAAGAGGACCAGGUCAUGUGGUUAUGCCUGCACUGCCACUGAGUCACGCACCUGUGACAUGCCAUCCUGCCCAGGUAUUGAAGAUGCAUUCAAGACAGCCGCCACUGAGGUCAGUCUGCUGGCUGGAACCGAUGAGUUCAACGCUACAGAGCUCUUUGGUGUCGACACAGACAGCUGUGAACGCUGGAUGAACUGUAAGUCUGAGUUCCUGAAGAAAUACAUGAUCAAAGUCUCCAACGACCUCCCCAGCUGCCCCUGCUCCUACCCCACCGAGGUGGCCUACAGCACGGCCGACGUCCCCGACCCCGCCACACGCCGGGACUUCCGCUGGAAAGACGCCAGCGGCCCCAAGGAGAAACUAGAGAUCUACAAACCCACGGCCCGGUGCUGCAUCCGCUCCAUGUUAACUCUAGAGUCCACUACUCUGGCCGCACAGCACUGCUGCUACAAUGACAACAUGAAGCUCAUCACCCGGGGUAAAGGAGCAGGAACACCCAACCUCAUCAGCAACGAGUUCUCUGCUGACCUCCACUACAAGGUCGACGUCCUGCCCUGGAUCAUCUGUAAGGGGGACUGGAGUCGUUAUAACCAGGUCAGGCCUCCUAACAACGGGCAGAAGUGUCCAGACAACCCCCUGGAUGAGGAUUAUCACAAACAGGUGGAGGACGCUCAAGAGUUUUAGAACUGGAGAGAUGAACAUGAGAAAGAGAGAGAGAGAAAAAAAAAACGAUCUGAGAAAUGUUUAUGAAUCUGGUACUUCAAUUGGUGCUUCAAACCAUCCAUGAGUGUUUUUAGACUUUGGAACUCGGUGCCAUAUGAACAGGACUGUCUGUUGAUCAGCCAACGUGAUGAAGAGACAACUAGGUGCCAUAUGAACAGGACUGUCUGUUGAUCAACGUGAUGAAGAACACGAGGAACUGUUCUCGUCUUCAUCUUAAUCACAGUCUAUAAGUCAUGUCAGGUCUUUGUUUCUAUGACAUAUCAAAUCAAAUUAUAUUCAAAGUCAAACUGUAUGAUGGAUUUUUGACAAAUAUUUUUUCUGAUAAUAAUUCUAUAAAUGUUUGGUUUAAAAGGGAUAGCUUGGUGUAGCAUCAUAAAAAGGGAAAAUUACUUUUCAUGUUUUAGAUUUGUUUUGUAAGUUUUUAGCUUGUUUCUGAUUGGCCAAAAGGAGAGCACAGGGAUUCUUAAUUGGCUGAAUGAUCAGAUCCAAAUCUCCAUGUUUUGAGUCACACCCUCCUAACCUAUCAGAAGAGAGAGAGAGAGUGAGAUCCCUGACCUAUCAGAAGAGAGAGAGAGAGCGAGAUCCCUGACCUAUCAGAAGAGAGAUAGAGAGACAUCCCUGACCUAUCAGAAGUGAGAGAGAGAGAGACAUCCCUGACCUAUCAGAAGUGAGAGAGAGAGACAUCCCUGACCUAUCAGAAGAGAGACAGAGAGAGAUCCCUGACCUAUCAGAAGAGAGAGACAGAGAAGAUCCCUGACCUAUCAGAAGAGAGAGACAGAGAAGAUCCCUGACCUAUCAGAAGCGAGAGACAGAGCGAGAUCCCUGACCUAUCAGAAUCAGAAAGUGUCUUUGUGCUGUGGAUAUCACAGUUGUAACUGAGUGUAAAGGAGUCUUGUAACAUCCAGAAUCUACAGAGCGAUGGGUUAGCAUUCUGCUCAUUGGUAGCUGUAAUAUUCAGGUUAGCAUUCUGCUCAUUGGUAGCUGUAAUAUUCAGGUUCCCAUAUUUGUUCCCAUGUAUGCUUAUACGCUUGUUUAUUUAGCAUGCCGUUUUUCUUCUCCUUUACCCAAUCGCCCCUCUUCCGUAUAGAUUCCUCCCUCCAGAUCAUUAUCUCUGGUAUAAAAAAAAUAAAGCGUUAUUUUUGUAGAGUAUUUAUUAAGCUGUAGAUUUAUGUCCCAAAAUGUUGGGUGUCCAUGAUCGUUGUCGUUGAUUGGUUUCUGACUAGAUGCUAACUUGAGAUGGGACCCGCACUCAAACGAAAUCAUCACGAUUGGCUUAAAUCGUUCAUUGAGAUUUUUCAGCCAAAAACUUGGAUUGAGCCGCUCGUCUCAAGUUAGGAUUCGGCCCAAAAAGAAAACAAGAAUAGGAAAUGUGUGAAUACAGCUGUACGGGGAAAAAGAUUGUGAUAUAAAUGUUGAAAUAAAAAAUGUUUAAAUAAAAAAACAUGAAGUAAAA